AUGGCUCGUGUUCAAGAGGAAGAAGGGGAAGGGCAUCAAGAGUCUCAACCGGAAUUAUAUUCACCAAUUUAUUUUCCCCGUCGUCCUGCACCUGUUGAUGUCGCGAACUACCACGGUGAAUCUGUCUUCUGCACACCUCCGCUCUUCGGCCCCCUCCUCUUCGAUAAUGUCGACAGUGAUUGUCGCGAUCAUUGCGCCAAUGAAAGAACCUUCCUCUCUUACCUCCGACUCUCCAUCUACAUGACCAUUGUCUCCUUAGCCAUAGUUCUCUCUUUCCACCUAAAGUCAACUCCCACACAGCUCGAGCUGCGUAUGGCCCAACCUCUUGGGAUAAUCUUUUGGGUGCUUUCUCUCGUUUGCUUGGCUUUAGGGUUUGGAAAUUAUAUGAAGACGGUUAAUAAAUAUAGUCGGAGGGUGGCUAUUGUGCAGAGUGGAUGGAAGACUCAGGGGGUUCUCACGACAGUCGCAGUUGCAAUAAUAGCAGUCUGUGUUUUGUUUCUGGCGACAAGUUCAAAAAGAACCUAG